AACUCAAUCGCUGUCUGCUAAUUAUCCAACAGCACUGAGGUUCAUGCCUAGAAAAAAUCUGAAAGGUUUUCGAGAAGACAGAUGAAGCCUUUGCAGCGCUGUUUAUUCCAAAACAACUUCAGACUAUUCAUUGGCUGAGAUGUGGAAUGAGUCAGCAAGACUCAUGUGGAAUGAGUCAGCAAGAAACUCUGUUGUAAACUGAAGUAGAAGAAAUCUUGAGAAAAAUUGCUCAUAAGAAGAAAUUUCUUGCUCUGAAUCUUACUGCUGUGUUGUAGACUAAACAACCAUUAGUCAUCUACCUGCUUAUGCAACCACAGAAUAAAAUGCCCUUGAUAGGAGGAGACCAGGACAUGGAAAAUGCCAUUCCACUUUUUAAAAGGGAUUUGAGGAAUCAUUGAUUUUACCAUCUCUAUCAGGCAAACAUAAGGUGUUGCUGCAGCUCUCUCCACAGAGAGCAGCAGGCACAACUUUCACAGGUAUUUUCCCUGGGAAGGCUGUGAGGAGAUUAGAGAAAAGAAUGAGAAACAAUUCUUAUCUUCACUUGCUGCACCUGCUGUUGUGCACAUGUGGAAUGUGUUAUGGAGAUUUGUUUACCAAAGGGUGUUUUCCUUAUUUGCCACUAGUGAUGGUAUUAGGAUUUCAAUUGGGUCUGUCUGUAUUUGACUGUCUGUAAGAGUGAUGAGUUUCUUAAUUAGUAUAGUAUAGUAUAGUAUAGUAUAGUAUAGUAUAGUAUAGUAUAGUAUAGUAUAGUAUAGUAUAGUAUAGUAUAAUAACGUGAUUGAUUCUGGAAUCAAGGACUCAAUGCUAAUUAUUACCAUCAUGAGGAUGCCCUGCUACAAUAAGCAGUGGACACCUGACACUGGGUGCAGGCUAGGCUGAAGAACCAGGACCCUAAUGGAUCCAAGCCAAGUUUGCAGCCGAGGCUGAACAUGGGAGGGUCUGCUGACCCCUCACAGAAAUCGCAUCUGGCAACUCUUCGUGGAGUUGCAGGCUGGGCAGAACCACCUUGGGACCCCGCUGGGACCCUACUGAGACCCCACCGGGACUUCAUCAGGACUUCCCCAGAAUGCUGUCAGACCCCUACCAGGACCCACAGCGUCCCACACAGCCUGCUCAUAACUGGACACCUCCUGCUUCCCUGGAAAGGUAACACUGACCUUUCUCCACAUCUUCCUGGAGAAGAUCUGUCCAUUGGGACUGCAUUUUGGCCCCAUAGCCUAGAGGCUGGGGUUUGGAACAGAUCUCUCAACAAUUGCACCACCCCCUACCCAGGGUAGACUUGCAGUUGGGAAGAGAUGCCUGCAGAAUUGGGCAUCCAAUUUUCUGUGUCAGAAGAGGACACCCUUGAUGUGUGGAAAUUUCUGGCUCGUCAUCACAGUCUCUGUGUGUCAGAAGAGGUUCUCUGGAAGUUUUUAAGUUGGGUGAAAGCUCAUACUUUCCCCAAGGAUGUGGUAUCCUCCCUGGAUCCGCGGGUCUGGGACUCACUGAGUCUCUGUCUUUUGGGGGAACUCAGGCAAGGUGGGAGAUCACCUCGGCAGCUACCAAUGUGGUCACUGCUUUCCAAAGCAGUAAGGGGCCAGACCCCAUUGGAAAGCGAACCCACCUUGGUAGGCACAUCCCAGUCGGGCUUGGAGGAGCACUUCCCUUUGGGCAGGUGGCCUUCAGCCUUUCCACCGCAGACAUCUGGGAACAAUCCUUUCACGGACAGCCACCGCUGGUUCCUUCCCCCGCCGCACCGCGGGGUGGGGGCGACACUGCCCACUGAGCACUCGAAGCAGCUCGCUCCGGGCUUCUGGCACAUGUGCCGAAGUACCGAAGCCUUCAGCGGCUCCACUUUCGCGGUCUGCAGUUAUUCCGAACGGAGCUGCGGUCGCUCCUGCCCCUUUGCCUUCGCCAGCACAAGAGGGACCAUCGCCUCCUCCUCCCCGUGUGGCAUGUGGAUUGGCCCCGCCGCUGGGUUCCCCCACCCUGCACCACAGGAGGGGGCAGAGCCGCCUCUGCCGCCAACAAGGGGGGCAGCCGGUUCUCUGACAGCGGCCAGCAGUCCUGUGCUGGAGAGCAUGUCUAGCCCUCCUGUGCCGCAGCCUGAAGCCAGUGCAUCAGCAGCGUCGCCCGGAGCGCCGGCCGGGGACACCUUUUCCACCGACUCCACCAACUCCAGCUGGCUCGGCUCCCAUCUGGGACGUGACCUGUGGCACCACCCCACCUUGCUGCUCCCGGCUGCCUCGCCCCCUGCUGUUUCCCUCGGGUUCCCAGGGAGCACAGACAGGGAGAUGACAACAGUGAGCAUCAACAGCCUGUCCCUCGGCGGGGCGUGCCCUCACAGCUGGGCACCAGCCCGUGCCGCGAAAUCUGGAGAUCGACAUUCCUCGGGGACAACACCUUCCCGCUCCCGUUCCCGGGAUGGGAGGGGUGGGGUCCCAAGAAGCUGUGGCUUGGUCGAUGCCUGGGAGGGGCGGGGCAAGGGCGAAACGCCAGGGGGGUUGCCGAGACAUUGGCAGCGUGGUGAGGGUGGGCGGUCAAGGAAAAGAUGGAAGUGAAUCGCCCAUCUGGGGAUGGGCAUGGGCUGUGACCCCAGAUCCAGGGGCCCCAAAUGAUACCAGUACAAAGCUGGGGCAAGGGAACAAGCCGAAUGAAUCUGGGCUCAGCAGCAGGACCGGGUCCCCCGCCCACUGGGUCUGGGUCCCUUGGCUCACCCACCGCGGACUGGUCCCCUGCCCUGCUCAUCGUGGCAGGGUCUGUUGUGGUUUGAAAACAAAACCAGUGAGAGGCUCCAAAUCAGAAAUACAAUUUAUCAGGAAAAAUGAAAAAAGAAAAUAAAAUACAUGCAAUAAUACAAAAGAAAAACAACACUGACAGAGUCAGAAUACAACCUGCCACCCUUUUGGUCAGGGUGUUGGUAGCAGUCCAUGUUGGAAUGGCUGUAGUCCUGGAAAUCCAGCCGGAAAGCCUGAGUCUGGUGUCCCAAAACCCCAGAUUAUAUCCAGUUAGGAAGGCUUGGCUUCUCCCUCUGGGUGGAGCAUCUCACAAUGGGAUGCUAUAGCUCUUAUCAGUCAUGCAGUGGCAUUCAAUAGCCCACUAUCAGCAGAUGUCCUCCCUGAGGGCGAACUGGUUGUGAAAGAGAUAAGGAAAACUGCCCACUUAACAGAAGACAGCUGCCAUACAGAUGGCAAAUGGAAUACACCUUGCCUUUCAAUCUGGCACAGGGUCCUAUUGAAGUGAUAUGUGGAAUAAGUAAAUAGAUUCCACAACCUGGGGUAGUUAUGAAGUGGGUAUGUAUUGUCAGCACCCGGCACAAUUGAGAUGUCUCUCCAAAAACUUGUACCGGGCACUGACAAUAUAUAUUCAAUAUAUUCAUAACUACCCCAGUUUGUGGAGUCUGUUUAUUUACUCCACGUAUCGCUUCAGUUGGCAACCACAAAGGGACUGCUCUGCUCACCCGCAGGUUCGGUUGAGAGCAGACGCCCUCAGGUGCCGCGGGGCUUUUUCCUGGAGGGACUCUGCGCCUCGGCAGUACACUGCGGGGAGCAGACCACAGCCCCUUGCGACUGUGGACAGAAGCAGUAUCGAUUAAUUUAUUUUCUAAAGGUUGGCACUGAUAAGUCGCAUUAAGAUGUUUUUGCACGCAGUUUUACCCAGGGGCUUGCAGGCAGAACGCCACCAGGGGUGAGACCGGUGGUGGGCGAUUCCCCCCCCCGCCCCCCCCCCCGCCUGAUAGAGAGGCUCAGGUGGGGAAGAAAUCGUCAUUUCAGUGUAGUGUGUCCCAGUUUCGGUGUGGCGUGUCUGUUACGUCCGGACGUGAGCGCCUGUGUGUGUAGCUGUGAGUGAAACGGCGAGGCGUGGCGUGCCAGCCCUCAGCCGGCAGUGCCUCACGGAGCAGACUCCCUGAUAGCGCAGCGAGUGCGCAUGCGCGGCACGGGCCGCCUGUGGCGAGCUGGGGGAGCGCAGCGCGGGGCUUAGGCCGGGCCUUAGGCCGGGCCUUGCAAAAGCGCUCUGGGCGCGGCCUAGCUGAUAGUGCAGCUGGUGGGCGCGGGCACCAGCCGCGCUUUGUGGGGUUGCUUUGAACGCCGCUAGCUGAUAAGUGCAGCUAGUAGGAGCGUGGUACAAGUUGGGACUAGCAAACACCACUUACAAGUAUCGCUGGUUGGUAAGGGGAAAAAUCCAGCUAAAAGUAACCAGCGAGCCCGCCUGGGCUAGGAGUUAAGUGUUUGUUGUGCGAGAACACUGCCCUUUAGUGCUAGAAGCUGUCAUUGGGAGAUCCUUUGCGUUAUGGGGUUUGCAGCUAGGUUCUUGUUACAAGUGAGUGGCGAUCUGCCCACAGUGGCUGCAGAACUUCAAGCCCGAGCCGAGAGAGCCCGGCCUUCGAGACAGGCUCUACACAGGUGGUUUCAGCUUUGACCAGGAUUCCCUCCCACCCUCGCAGGCGAGACCGGGUGUAUAUAUUAGAAACUGAUUUACAAAUAAGAAGGUCUGGGGAGAUACGGGAACCCCAGGUGCUGAUCGUUCGCAUGAACGACCCGAGAUGGAUAUCAUGGAAAUCCUUGGGCAGAUACAUGUGAAUGCAGCGUUCCCAUCCCGAAUUCCCGUAAAUUUCAUCAAG